AGACAUUAGUGGCGUGGUUUUGUGCUAUUUACCGGUGACAAUGCUCCGAGCGUUUGCUACAUUUCGUGGUACAUUGGCUCCUGCUCGACACAGAAUUAUUCGAAGGUCUUAUGCUAAGGAGGUUAAAUUUGGAGCUGACGCGAGAUCAGCUAUGUUGGUUGGCGUCGACAUACUCGCGGAUGCUGUUGCAGUAACCAUGGGCCCUAAAGGUCGUAACGUUAUAAUAGAAAGCUCGUGGAAAUCUCCCAAAAUUACCAAAGAUGGAGUGACAGUUGCCAAAGGCAUUGAGCUGAAGGAUAAGUUUCAGAAUAUUGGAGCCAAAUUGGUACAGGAUGUUGCUAACAACACUAAUGAAGAGGCUGGAGAUGGUACGACAACAGCUACUGUUUUGGCUCGAGCGAUAGCUAAAGAAGGUUUUGAAAAGAUCAGCAAGGGUGCGAAUCCCAUUGAGUUCCGAAGAGGUGUUAUGUCAGCCGUUGAUGCUGUCGUUAAAGAGCUCAAGUCUUUGUCAAAGCCAAUAUCAACCCCAGAGGAAAUAGCCCAAGUCGCAACUAUAUCAGCCAACGGUGACAAGGCGAUUGGUGACCUAAUUGCUACUGCUAUGAAGAAGGUUGGAAAUGACGGUACGAUAACUGUCAAGGACGGUAAAACGCUGCAUGAUGAGCUGGAGUUCAUCGAGGGCAUGAAAUUUGAUCGUGGCUACAUUUCUCCAUACUUCCUCAACACUGAAAAGGGGGCGCGAUGCGAGUUCCAAGAUGCUUUCGUAUUGUUUUCUGAGAAAAAGAUCAAUAGCAUUCAAACAUUAUUGCCAGCUCUUGAAUUGUGUCAUCAACAAAAGCGACCACUACUUAUAAUCGCCGAAGAUGUCGAGGGUGAGGCUCUUACAGCUCUUGUACUUAACCGUCUGAAACUGGGUCUGCAAGUUUGCGCAGUGAAGGCACCGGGUUUCGGCGACAACCGUAAAAAUACUCUUAAAGACAUGGCAGUGGCGACUGGUGGACUGGUAUUCGGCGAUGAAGCAGAUAUGUUCAAGUUGGAAGAUGUGCAGCUGCAAGAUUUGGGACGUGUGGCCGAGGUCGUAGUGACUAAAGACGAUUGUCUGUUGAUGCGUGGUCGUGGUAGUAAGACGGAUGUCGACAAACGCAUCACGCAAAUCAAAGAAGAAAUGGAAGCUUCUAACAGUGAAUAUGAAAAAGAAAAAAUGCAUGAACGUCUAGCAAAGCUGUCUAACGGUGUUGCGGUCAUCAAGGUUGGUGGAAGUAGUGAGGUAGAAGUUAGUGAAAAGAAGGAUCGGUACACUGACGCACUUAACGCAACAAGGGCAGCAAUUGAGGAAGGAAUAGUUCCUGGUGGUGGUACUGCUUUACUUCGCUGUAUUCCAGUCUUAAAAUCUCUGGAGACAAAAAAUGAAGAUCAACGCACAGGUUAGUAAAUUUUCCGCUGAAUUAUUGAUAUGUUGACAGCCAAGAAAUAGACGAUUACAUAGUGAUGAAAGGUACUUAAAUCUAACUUAAGGGCUUACGGACCGGUCUUGGUACAGCGUGGCAGCGAAGUAACGAGUUGUUGGGAUGAAAGGUUGCACUUGUUACUUUGUCUCAUUGCUUUGUGUAAACGUUCAUCUUACCAUACUCUUGUCGAUAUAUUGCUUUGCUCAUUGCCAAUGUCAUUCUGUAAUAAUGUGAUGACAAAAUUAUUAGCUCACUAGGUUUCCCUUGUGGUCAAGGUGAAGCAUACGCUUGAGGGCGUCUAAAUUGCUCAAGUGUUAAUCCCACAAUUAUAUGAGUGUUUUUAAUCGGUUUGAGUGUUGCGUGACUGCGAAGUCGUGUGUCAAACAAACCGUAAACAAAAUAUCAUUAAAACCUUUGUGCAGCCAUUCGUAAUUAUGGUUGUUUGGGUAUAAUGAAACAAUGUGAUAGUUGGUCUGUAGGUUUGUGGCCGAAAAGCUACAUGUCGUCAGACCAAACAUCAAGUUUACACAACCAGCGUCUUGUUUUUUCGUGGUUGUGCAACAAAUGCAUAUGGUUAGUUUGUUUCCUAUGAGUUGGGUUGUCCACUUUUUUCACGGUAGUGCAGUGAAGUGCGUGUUACAAGGUACUGAUGUUUGUUUGUAAUCAACUCAGUAGGUGUGUUGGUGCUGCUUUCACCCUCAUUACUGUUCUGUCUGAAUAUGUAGGCAAUAUUUCGGGCUCAUAUCGAAGCCACAAGGUUUUCCUUGUGGUCAAAGUGAAGCCUAAAUUUAAGGGUGUCUGAAUUGCUUAAUAGUGUUAAGCGCGCACCUAUAUGAAUGUCUUUAUUCGGUUUGAGUGUUGCAUGACUGAGAAGUCAUGUGUCAAACGAACCGUAAACAAAAUAUCAUUAAAACCCUUGUGCAGCCAUUCGUAAUUAUGGUUGUUUGGGUAUAAUGAAACAACGUAUUUAUCGAAUUGUGUGCUUGUAACUGUAAGACGUUUCUUCGGAAUGUUUGUUUAUCGCUCAACGUUUUAGCGUGAUGCAUUGUAGCUUCGUAAUAUCACCAUUAGGUCGAUUUAUGCGCACUGAAUAAACUUUACUUUUUAUAAUUCUGUAAUAGCUUAUCUCAUAUUUUCGCGGAUGUGUGUUAUGUUUUUUGCUGCAGUGCAAUUUUUAGUUAGUCUUAUGAUUCAGUUUUGUGUUUCUAGGUGUUCAAAUAGUUUUGCGUGCACUUUCAACUCCCUGUUAUACCAUUGCACAUAAUGCCGGGGUCAACGCGUCUGUUGUUGUAGAAAAAGUCAUGGGCAUGGGCCCAAAUAUGGGUUAUGACGCUCAGAAUGAUGUCUAUGUCGACAUGAUCAACGCUGGGAUUAUUGAUCCCACGAAGGUAAGUACAUAUCCUUAAGCAAUUUUGGUGAAUCUGGGUAUGACCUGUUAAAUUAAUUUCAACCUCUUCCAUUUAGGUCGUUCGAACUGCUUUGGUUGACGCAGCUGGCGUUGCUUCUUUAUUGACAACUGCAGAGACCGUAGUAACUGAUUUACCGAAAGAAGAGUCAGGAGCAAAUGUUGCAGGAAUGGGCGGGAUGGGAGGUAUGGGUGGCAUGGGUGGUAUGAUGUAGUAGCGAACUACACAUAUUUUGCAUUUUGACGAUGUUUUUUACAUUGUAGUUGGUUAAUUUUCGUAGAUGUUCCACUUGUUCAAAGUCCCUAAUUUUCCCUCAAAUAUACAUAAUUGAUUUG